GGUUCCUGUUGGUGUAAAAUGUAAGUUUUUCACAUUUUAUACUUAUGAUUCGUGAUUUUUAUUUGAAUUUAUUAUUUUUAGGGCAAAACGAGCGAAAUGCAUGAGCACGAAUAAAAACCAGUUUAUUCGGCUUGUGGAGGAGCUAGAGGAACAGCCGGAUGUAGCGAAGGGUUUUGCAAGGUUCGAUACUGGGCCAGUCUGGGCGAACCUUGCUGAAGAGCUAAACAGUCUUGGACCUCCCAUUAGAGAUCCAGCUGGAUGGAAGAAGGUUUGGGCCGACUGGAAAUCAAACUUAAAAAGAAAGUUGGCCAACAACCGCAAAGAGCAGCGAGCCACAGGUGGAGGUCCCAACAAACUUGUGGAGUUUUCAGCCUUGGAAGAAAGGGUGAUUGACAUAGCCGGGUUGACAGCAGCUGUCGAAGGUGUCAACGAAUCAAUUGCAUUUGGUGCACCUAUACCGCCAGCAGAUGAAAACAAUUCAGCAGCUGCUAAUUGCUUAAAUGAGGAAUUAGGAGAUGAUCCGAAUACGGAUGAGGAAGUUCCAGUGGAACGAGGUCAAAGGAAACGUCGAGCUCCAUCCAGCUUGAGCCUACUGGACACGCAGGUGCGGCAGCAGAAACAAUUUCAUGGCGAUAUUCUCAGAGUACUACAAGGCCAAGCAAAGAAAGUCAGUGAUCUGGCUUACUACGGCAAACAAAUUUCUAAACGACUGAUGGAUAUUCAUACUUUGGAGGAAGAGAAACUAAAAGAGAAGCGAAGGCAUAACUUAGAAAUGGAGAAACUUGCAUACGAACGACUGAAGAUAAAGAAACAAAUGCUUACAUUGCAGCUAGAUAAUUUGUAAAGAUGGAUGUAUGACUAAUUUGAAAUGCUUCAUUUUACAUGUUUAAAUAAAAUUUGAAUUGUUUAUUACUGUUAAAUUUCCAAGGUUCGUCCAUAUUUUGACAAUUUCAGGGUCCAUAAAUUACGUAACGCUUAGAGGGGGGAGGGGGGUUAAGCGAAGUGUGACGAUCCAUACGAAAUUUUUAGAUGUUUCUUACAAAAAGUGUGACAUAGGGGA